GGAGGAGUUGUUGUUAGGUGGUCCAGGAGAACCGGUCGGGGAGGCAGGAAGGCGGCAAGAUGGUGUUGGAAAGCACUAUGGUCUGUGUGGACAACAGCGAGUAUAUGCGGAACGGGGACUUCCUACCCACCCGGCUACAGGCCCAGCAGGAUGCCGUCAACAUAGUCUGUCACUCCAAGACCCGUAGCAACCCUGAGAACAACGUGGGCCUCAUCACACUGGCCAAUGACUGUGAAGUGCUGACCACACUCACCCCUGACACCGGCCGCAUCCUGUCUAAGCUCCACACUGUCCAACCCAAAGGCAAGAUCACCUUCUGCACUGGCAUCCGCGUGGCCCAUCUGGCCCUGAAGCACCGACAGGGCAAGAAUCACAAGAUGCGAAUCAUUGCCUUUGUGGGAAGCCCCGUGGAGGACAAUGAGAAGGAUCUGGUGAAACUGGCUAAACGCCUCAAGAAGGAGAAAGUAAAUGUUGACAUUAUCAAUUUUGGGGAAGAGGAGGUGAACACAGAAAAGCUGACCGCCUUUGUAAACACGCUGAAUGGCAAAGAUGGAACCGGUUCUCAUCUGGUGACAGUGCCUCCUGGGCCCAGCUUGGCUGAUGCCCUCAUCAGUUCUCCAAUUCUGGCUGGGGAAGGCGGUGCCAUGCUGGGUCUUGGUGCCAGUGACUUUGAAUUUGGAGUGGAUCCCAGUGCUGAUCCUGAGCUGGCCUUGGCCCUUCGUGUUUCUAUGGAAGAGCAGCGGCAGCGGCAGGAGGAGGAGGCGCGGCGGGCAGCUGCCGCCUCUGCCGCUGAGGCCGGAAUUGCUACGACUGGGACUGAAGGUGAAAGAGACUCGGACGAUGCCCUGCUGAAGAUGACCAUCAGCCAGCAGGAGUUUGGCCGCACGGGGCUCCCCGACCUAAGUAGUAUGACCGAGGAAGAGCAGAUUGCAUAUGCCAUGCAGAUGUCCCUCCAGGGCGCAGAAUUUGGCCAGGCAGAAUCAGCUGACAUUGAUGCCAGUUCAGCCAUGGACACAUCUGAGCCUGCCAAGGAGGAGGAUGAUUAUGAUGUGAUGCAGGACCCCGAGUUCCUUCAGAGUGUCCUGGAGAACCUUCCAGGUGUGGAUCCCAACAAUGAGGCCAUUCGAAAUGCCAUGGGCUCCCUGGCUUCCCAGGCCACCAAGGAUGGCAAGAAGGACAAGAAGGAGGAGGACAAGAAGUGAGACUGGAGGGAAAAGGGAGCUGAGCCUGUGCAGGGGGCUGAGUAGGGUGGGGUGGGAUAUAGAGUUAGAUGCGUUGUCUGUGACCACUGCAACCUAAAUAAAGCUUGGCAACUUUUUUUCUUUUUUGCUUCAAACAGCGGUAGCUUUGAGUGUGACCAUUCCCCUUCCACCCAUCUCCACCCCUGACAAUCCUUCCUUAGGAAAAGCUUUGCUGAGAGCCACCUGUGCUAGGCACUGGGGCCACAGAGGGGAACAGAAAACAGUACUGGCCUCUGGCCUUUUUUGCUGUAUCACCUGUUAUCUCUCCAGCUCCUUCCCCAUGUGUAUAAACCGGAAGGGCCAGCCUGUAAAUGAGCAGUACCUGCGUCUAAUAAGUGUCCAAAGAGAGGCCUGAACAGGCACUGUGGAAAUGCUGAGGAGAGAGCGCCAAACCCUUGCAGCCUCUGGGAAGGCUCCUGGAGGCAAUGUUUGAGCCCUCAUCAGCCAGCGAGCAAGAGAUAGGGAUGCUUCCAGUCCGCAGGAACAGCGUGUGCUGAUGGCGCGGAGGCACUUUGUCACUCAAAGACCGGUUGGGUGAGUGACAGGAGAUGGAGGUGGAAAAGUCGGCAACAGUCAGAACACCAAAGGUCAGGGAUCUCUGAGGCCGGACUUUCGCAAGGUGGGGUCUGUGAAGGAGAAACAUGAUGUGUCUCCUUGGAGCACCAAAUUUAGAGGAAGGUUUUUUUGUGGGGCAUGGACUAGAAUGCACAAUUCACAUAAUCUCCCCCUUUGUUUAUUAUAUUUGAAGAGGUAAAUAAUAUUUUACACAUAAAAUACUUAACCUAUAUAUAAAUUGUGACGUGUAAGAAAACUGACAUAUCUGAAACCACUCAAUGUAAGAGCUGGAAUAUUCCUAACACCUUGUCACAUACCUAUGCCUUUUUUUUUUUAAAACAUCUUUAUUGGAGUAUAAUUGCUUUACAAUAGUGUGUUAGUUUCUGCUUUAUAACAGAGUGAGUCAGUUAUACAUAUACAUGUGUCCCCAUAUCUCUUCCCUCACCUAUGCCUUCUUGAACCCACCUCUUUACAGCCUCCUCAGACAUAACUUAUCUUGAAUUUCACAUUUAUUAUUUUUUCCCCUUCACAGUUUUCUCACAUACAUAAAGAUUUCUGACGAGAAUGUUUAGUUUUGUAUGUAUUUGAGCUUUAUAAAAAAUAGUUUUAGGGAAUUCUCUGGUGGUCCAGUGGUUAGGACUUGGCGCUUCCACAGCUGGGGCCCCAGGUUCAAUCCCUCAUCGGGGAACUGAGAUCCCACAAGCUGAGUGGCAUGGCCAAAAAAAAUUAAAAAAUAGUUUUAUACUGUGAGACUUCCAGGACUCACUUUUUUUUUUUUUUUCUUUCUUGUGGUACGCGGGCCUCUCACUGUUGUGGCCUCUCCCGUUGUGGAGCACAGGCUCCGGACGCGCAGGCUCAGCGGCCAUGGCUCAUGGGCCCAACCGCUCCGCAGCAUGUGGGAUCUUCCCGGACCGGGGCACAAACCUGUGUCCCCUGCAUCAGCAGGCGGACUCUCAACCACUGCGCCACUAGGGAAGCCCCCAGGACUCACUUUUUAAACAAAUGUUUUGUUUCUGAGGUUCAUCAGAGUUGCUGCACAUAGCUGCUGCUUGUUCAUAUUUCAUGGUUGUAUAUAAUAUCAUGUGAAUAGUCUACAAUCUCUCCAUUUUCCUGUGGAUGGAUCUGGCAUUGCUUCCAGUUAUUUUUCUGUUACCAACAGGAUCACAAUGGAAUUUUUCGUACACCUCUCUGGAUGCACCUGUACAGGAGUUUCUUUAGGAUACUUUACAGGAUAAUGCUGAAUUGUUUUUCAAAGUGGUUGUAUGAAUUUGCACUCCUUCCUGCAGUGUAAGAGUUCCUAUUGACCACAUCCUUUUCAGCCCUAGGGAUCAUUAAAAGUUCUUAAUUUCGUCCAAACUGGUGAGGAUAAAAUGAUAACUCAUGGUCUCUUUUUUUUUUUUUUUUUUUAUAUUUGGCUGUGUUGGGUCUUUGUUGCUGCACGCGGGCUUUCUCUAGUUGCGGCGAGUGGUGGCUACUCUUCGUUGCGGUUCACGGGCUUCUCAUUGCAGUGGCUUCUCUUGUUGCGGAGCACGGGCUCUAGGCGCGCAGGCUCAGUAGUUGUGGCUCAUGGGCUUAGUUGCUCCACGGCAUGUGAGAUCUUCCUGGACCAGGGCUCGAACCUGUGUCCUGUGCAUUGGCAGGUGGAUUCUUACCACUGCGCCACCAGGGAAGCCCUCUUUUCACUUUUUUUUUUUUUU